AUGGACGCGGAUCCCAACGAAACGACGGUGGCUGUGCUGGAUACGACGGAGGCAAACAGCGUGGAGAACAGGAUUGCGCGGCGACGCAGCACCCUUCCAAGCAUGGAGCUGCCGGAUGGCUCAGGGGGGAUUCCGGUGUCCAAAAACUGUUCAUUUGUUGAGGCCAACCUGGUUUCCGACCCGCAGGUGUGGAAUCACCGUUUCAAUGGAGCGUUCAUCACACCAAGUAGAAUGGGGCCCUCAAAUGAAGAAUCGUCGGCAUUGUCGGACCCCAACGCUGAUAGACCACGCACCCCCGAGGUGACGUGUUGCUCUCUAUUUUUCAGUUAG